CAAUAAAUUGAUUACAAUACUCCAGUAAUAAUUCGUCAAUUUUCGAUUUAUAGAGAAACAAUAAAAGAAUUGUGCAAUUGUUAAGAUAAACGUUAUUGUUGCAUAUUCAGAAAGAGUCGGUUUUGGUGUGAAAAAUGUACCUGAACGAAAUCGAUAAACAAAAUUCUAGUUUUUAUGAAGGAAAACUCAUUCUUUGUGGAUCCAAUCUGAAAAACAAUAUGCACAUUAUUGGGAUCUGGAGUCGAACUUUAAAGGACCGGCCAUUUCAAUGCCAAUACUGCCGCAGAACGUUUAAUACUAGGGCUGAGUUAGAAAAUCAUAUUAAUAGUCAACAUAAGGACCCACGUAAGGAAAUUCGUUCAGGUGAAUCACUGAAACACGAGGAAUACAGAAGAGCAUACGGAGAACAUUUUAGUUUACACCGAGGCAUUAUUCUGCAUGAUUUAUUUUCUGAAGAAAUUUUUGCAACAUUUAAAAAAUUACAAGCUGAUUUCGAUAAUUCUGAGAGGUCGAGUUUAGAAAAUAAAACAAAAAAGUAUUUUAAAUCUAUACUAAAAAUUGAAGAUAAAGAUGAAUUAAAAGUUGAGGGUCCCGAAAUGAAAAACAUUAAAGCAAAUGAAAAACAAAAUUCAGCAGAAGGUCCUCAAACGUUCACUUUUGAAAGUGUAGAUAUAAAAUCUGGGAUCGGCAAAGUUUCAGACUAAUUAUAAAUACUGAAACGUUAUCUUUAGUUGCAAAAUUUUCUAAUUCAAGUGCACUCAUUUACGUUUGGUUCAUUUAUAUAAUUUAUGUUAAAAUUGGUUAAACGUUUCUUAAAUUCAAAAUUAUAAUAAUUGUGAAAAUGGCAUUUUUCACAGUAAUAAAAA